AUGACCAGAUGGGCACGAGUCACUACCACAAAUAACAAAAGACCCUUGCCUGCAACAUCAUGGGAGGAUAUGAAGAAGGGGUCCUCUGAGGAAAAGAGCCAAAGCCUACCAAAGAGUAAACAACUUGAAGCCAAUAGGCUGUGCCUUAAAAAUGGUGCACACCAAGCAAAACACAAAAAGAACAAGAAGAAAAAGGAGUACUUAAAUGAAGAUGUGAAUGGAUUCAUGGACUACCUAAGGCAAAACUCACAGAUGGUUCACAACGGGGAAGUGAUAACAGCGGACAGCCGGGAAGUACGGGAAGAAAUUGCAGUCGCUUUAAAGAAAGAUAGUCGCAGAGAAGGAAGACGGUUAAAAAGACAAGCAGCAAAGAAAAAUGCCAUGGUAUGUUUUCAUUGUAGAAAACCUGGCCAUGGGAUUGCAGAUUGCCCGGCUGCCCUUGAGAAUCAAGAUAUGGGCACUGGAAUAUGUUAUCGGUGUGGAUCUACAGAGCACGAAAUAACCAAGUGCAGGGCUAAAGUAGAUCCAGCUCUAGGUGAAUUUCCUUUUGCAAAAUGUUUUGUUUGUGGGGAAAUGGGACACCUGUCCAGAUCUUGCCCUGAUAAUCCCAAAGGAGUGUAUGCUGAUGGUGGCGGCUGCAGACUUUGUGGCUCUGUGGGACAUUUUAAGAAGGAUUGCCCUCAAAGUCAAAAUUCAGAUCGAAUGGUUACAGUUGGUCGCUGGGCAAAGGGGAUGAGUGCAGACUAUGAAGAAAUUUUGGAUGUGCCUAAACCACAGAAACCCAAAACGAAGACACCUAAAGUUGUUAAUUUUUGA